AUGUCGGCUGUCGGGCCUCUUCGGCUCGCGGCCGCCGUGCUGCUGAUCCUGAGCGAUCCUGCGCUCGCACUCGCGCAGAGCACGCCCAGCCUCGGCUGCCGCCACGGCUUCCGCCACGGCUUCCGCCACGGCUUCCGCCACGGCUUCCGCCACGGCUUCCGCCACGGCUUCCGCCACGGCUUCCGCCACGGCUUCCGCCACGGCUUCCGCCACGGCUUUCGCCACGGCUACGGCUUCCGCCACGGCUACGGCUUCCGCCACGGCUUCCGCCACGGCUGCUGCCACGGCCGCCGCCACGGCUGCCGCCACGGCUGCUGCCACGACUGCUGCCACGGCUGCUGCCAAGGCUACCUCGUCUCGUGUACCGAAGGCGGUCGAGCACCAGGACGAGGAGGCGCCGUUCUGGCGUCGCCCGUCCCCAACAACUCUGACAUCGACAUCUUCGUUGGCGGCACGCCUGCAAACGAGACCAUCGUCAGCCUCUUCUCGCGCGACGCCUCGUCGGCGGGCGGCCUCUGGGACCUCUCCGACCCGCUCGGACUGGUGCUGGCAAAGCUCCCGGGAGAUCUCCUACUCGCCGGCCUCAUGGCGGUUUACACCAAAAACGGCAUUUUCGCUUCCCUGUUCAUCUUACACAGCGUCUCCGCCGCGCCCAAACCUUGGUACUAUGCGCUCUACGUUCCAGGGUCUGGUUGGGGCGUCUUUUCCACGUGGGACCUCUGUGCAGCGCACGGCGCCAUCGGGGGCUCGAGGGCGCGCCACAAGAAGUACCGCGACAUCCAAGAGGCGCUCGCCCACAUCAACGCCAUGGGCAUCACCAAGAUGGGCCACCGGUGCGGGGUCAUGGCUGCGUUGCCAGAGCUGCGUGCGUCGAGCCGCUCAGAGCGCCUCGAGAGGCUCAAGGCGGUGGGUCUGAGUAAGCUCGGGCACCGUCUGGGCGUGCUGAACCUGCUCGACGAGCUCAACGGGGCCGAAACCUGCACGCGUGCCACGGCGGAGGCUGGAGCGGCGUCCGGCUCGGGCCCGACCGGCGGAGCUGCGGCUGUGGCGACAGCCGCGCCGGCGGUAGAUGCGGAGGAUGCGGCGAGUGGGAGUGCGCCGGUUGAGGAGCCCCCGCGGGCGCUGGUUCGGGCGGAGCCGGCGGCGGGUGCCGAGGACGGCUGGCUGCUGCACGAGGAGUGGGUUGUGGUUCACUCUCCGCUCGUGUUUGUGCGCGAGGAGCCGGAGGAUGAGUCGCGCAAGCUGGGGUACAAGUGGCGGGGCGAGCGGGUGGCGGUGAGCGGCGAGCGCGGGCCGUGGCUCAAGCUCGCGCUCGAGGAGGGCUGGAUGCUGCGGGACGGGUCCGCCCUCGGACUCGGCUGUCUGCUCGAGCCGGCUGCGAGGGCGAGCAAGGCGCUGCCUGCGCCGGGCGGCGAGGCGGGCGGCGCGGCGGGCGGGCAAGGCGGAGGCGCGGGGGUGCUGGUCUUUGAGAAGAAGUUUCCGAAGCGGACCCCGCGGCCAGAGGCGAGGCUGCGCUCCGAUCCGCGCACAGACCCGGAGGGGGUGGAGGCGAGCGUGCGGGCUGGCAUCGAAAAGACGCAGGAGGGGUACAACGCCGCCAAGCUGCCCCACCGGCUGCGCGCCUGGCCGCCCGCAGGCCCGCUCUCCGUCGCCGGCGCGGCGGGCGUGCCGGUCAACGUGGACGAGAUGGACGCGAGUGCGUUCGGUGGAUCGGCGGGCGGCUUGUCUCCCCUCGCCGCCGCGCUCGGCGAGCGGUGGGUCGCUCAGAACCGGCCCGUCAUCUUGCGAGGCGCGCUCCGGGGCUGGCCGCCGCUGCAGCGGUGGAGCGACUCGUACCUGCGGUCGGCUGUGGGCGGGAAGGCGGUGCCGGUCCGCCACUCGCCGCAGGAGUGCGAAGGGGGCCGCCUCUUCGGCGACCCGGGCCGCAUGCAGGCCUACGAGAGCAGCGAGGUCCCUCUCAGCGAGCUGCUCGACGAGCUCUCCGCGCCCCACCCCCGCUACUACGCCGCCCGACUCCAGCUGCGGCGCAGCCUGCCCGAGCUCCUCGCCGACCUCGACGAGACACACCCCGCAGCAGCGCUCGAGGGAGGCCCCGCCGCAGCUCUCGGGGGGGCGCCCCCGCCCCCUCCCCUCUCUCCGCCCGCGGACGGGGCCGACGAGCCGCCCAUGCCGCCCCCAGGCGCCAAGGAGCUCACCCUCUUCCACCCGGCCGACACGCCCAACCUCUACCCCGCCGGCGAGCGAAACUCGGCCGCCGUGUACUCGCUCGCAAACCUGUGCGACCCGGCCGACGCAGAUCGCUUCCCCGCGCUGGCGGAGGCGCGGCCGCUCCGUGCGCUCGUGCAGGAGGGCGAUGUGCUCUAUCUACCGUGCGGCUGGUGGCACGCAGUGCGCGGUUCGGAGGGGAGGAACCUGUCGGUUAACUACUGGUUCGCGCUGCACGAGUCCAAGGCGGACGCGCGGGUCGAGGUGGACGGUAUCGUGGCGCGCGCCGCGAGAGAGGCCGCGGCGCUGGGAUAA